CUUCGCACUUACUUCAUGAAAUAGUACCGCAAAGUGCAGGCAACCCCAAGUGGAUCAGCUGGUCACUAUACUUCAAAGUGGGAGUUAUUUGAUAGUAUGUCUUUUUUGAAGGACACAUUAAAUAACUAUACCACAAAGGCCAGUGAUUCCUUCAAUGCAGAGGCAAACGUGUCACUGGACAGCUGCUCCAUCCUCAUUCAUGAAGAUGGGAUACAGGAGCCAUGCAUAAUAUCUCCCAGCAGCUGUUCAAGUGAUUCAUUUUUAUACUCUUCUACCCCAUCGCCAUCCUGUACUAUCUCAUUACCUCCAUCAUUACCUGAAGGUAGUGCAACCCAGCCACAGGCACCUUCAGUGGCAGGCAGUGCAUUGCUGUCAACAACGGGAAUGCCACCUGUGUCCUCCUGUGGUACUACAACAGUGACUAAGAAGAGGAAGAGGAAUGACAUGAGUGACAUAGAGGAUGACUGCAGAGAAGCCCUACGAAACCUCAAACAGACUCCUCAAGAAAAUGACGAUUUCAGCGCAAGUUUUGGCAGGGCGGUCGGUCACUGGAUGCGCGACUUACCUGCUGGUGAAAGGACAUCAGCAGCCUUCAAGAUAAUGGAGGUCAUGAAGAGUCACGAUUUUUGUUAAUAGGUAA